CUUUUUAGCUUUCUAGCUUUCAACCUUUAAAUUCCUAUCCCAUGGCCGAUGGACUUGUUCCAUCGGUUCCUAGUUACUUGAAUUCCGCCAUCCAAUCCGAGCUGGGAAAAGUGUUAUCCUGUCACCGAGAGCUACAAGACCUUUCCAGAGCAUUCAAAGCAAUCCAAGCCCUUCUUCGUGAUGCUGAGAAGAGACAGAAAAAGGAAGAAGCUCUGAGUGACUGGCUAGAGGAGAUCAAAGAUGUGGCCUACGACGUUGAGGACUUGCUGGACGAGUGGAAAACGGAAUCCCUCAGAUAUGAAAACGAAGGGAGCAGAAUCCCACCUCUUGCAAAGCGGGUAUGCAACUCCGUCUUACGUAUUCUUAAUGUUGAUGAAACAGUUGAUGAACUAGGCUUUCAUGUAAAAUUGAGCAUGGAGAUGGGUCGUAGAUUAAAAAAUAUCAGAGAAAGGCUCAAUGCGAUAUGUAGUGAGAAGUCUAAUUUCCAUUUGGAGGAAAGCAUAGAUAGCAGGAUGGAGAUGAUGGAGAGGAAAACUAGUUCGUUGGUCGAUGAAACGGUGAUUAUUGGUAGGACUCCAGAUAAAGAAAGGAUCAUACCUUGGUUGCUAAGUGACAGUAGUCAUGUCAGUAACGAGAUUCCCGUCAUUUCUAUAAUUGGUUUAGGGGGAUUAGGAAAGACUGCUCUUGCUCAAUUAAUAUACAAUGAUGAGCGAGUUACUCGACACUUCCAGAAAAGAAUGUGGGUUCAUGUUUCGGAUGAUUUUAAUGAGAGUAGAAUUUGUAAAGCAAUCAUUGAAUCGGUAGAGGGUCGACCUGCCCCUAGUUUCUCCGAAUGGGAAAUGGUACAAAAUCAUCUAUGGAAUGUCUUGAAAGGGCAGCAAUUUUUACUUGUACUUGAUGAUAUCUGGAAUGAAAAUCAAGAAAAGUGGGAUAAAUUGAGGAUUCCUCUGAAAGGUAGAGUAAGUGGAAGUAGAAUUUUGAUCACGACUCGCAAUGAAGCCGUGCUAAAAACUAUGGGGGCCACAAAAUGGCAUCAACUGGCACCCCUAUUAGAAAGUGAUUCUUGGUCAUUGUUCAGUAACAUUGCUUUUUGGGAAAUUAAAACAGAGGAAUGUGCAGCGUUCAAAGAAAUUGGCAAAGAAAUUGCAAGAAAGUGUGACAGAAUACCUCUUAUUAUAAAAAGAAUAGCAAAUGCGUUGCGUUUCCUGAGGACCAGAAGGGAGUGGCAGCUUCUGUUGGAGAGUGAAACAUGGGAUUUUCCAAAUGUUACAAGAGGCGUCGUACUUGAUCUUCAAUUAAGUUAUGAAAAUAUGCCUCCUUACUUGAAGCGUUGCUUUGCCUUUUGCUCUAUAUUUCCUAAGGAUCAUGUUAUAGAGAGGGAUACAUUAAUCAAGUUGUGGAUGGCCCAGGGCUUUCUUCCAGAGGAAAGUGCAGUGAUGGAAUGUAUAGGUGAUGGGUAUUUUUACGAUCUACUAGGGCGAUCCUUGUUUGAUGCUCCAAUAACAGAUUGCUUUGGCAAUGUCAUGCACUGUAAGAUGAUGGAUAUUGUUCAUGACUUCUUCCAAACUGUCAUGAGAGAAUGCUAUACCGUGAACGUUAAAUUUUCAAACAGCAUCCCCCUGCAUGUGCGCCAUGUCUCAUUGAAAUGUAGUGACGAUUUAUCAGCAAUUCCAGUAAACUUGUGCAAAGCCAAGAAUCUGCGCACGCUCCUGUUCAUUGGAUGGUCAAGAAUCACUGUGCUGGCUGAUGAUUUUUUUGAAAAUUUCAGGUGCCUCAGAGCAUUAGAUUUGAGUGGUACAAAGUGUUCUUGGCUUCCAAUGUCCUUGGAGGACUUGAAACUUUUAAGAUACCUAAACUUAUCUACCACUCGAAUAACAAGGUUGCCUGAAUUCAUAUGCCGACUGUAUCUAUUGCAAACCUUGAAACUGAACGGGUGCGGCCAACUGUCUGAAUUUCCCAAAGAGAUGUGGAAGCUUGCAAUGCUAAGGCAUCUGGAAAUUGAAGGUACCUUGUUAAUGCACACUUCACCCCAUUGGAUUGGAAGAUUAACUUCCCUUAGAACAUUGUCAAAGUUUAUUGUUGGGGAAAGGAUGGAAUGCAGGAUUGGGGAACUUAAAAACCUCAAUCUCCUCCAAGGAGAGUUAGCAAUAUACCAUUUGGAGAGGGUGUUAAAUGAGGACGAAGCCAAGGAAGCAGAACUAAUGAAUAAGAAAUACCUUUGCCUUUUGGAAUUGUAUGAUGGCAAUUGUCAGAGAGUGUUACAAGAUGAUGUAGCAAAGAGGAUUGAGGGUGUAUUUGAAGGCCUUCGACCUGGCACAAACCUAGAAGAACUGAAAAUAUCGGGUUACAUGGGAUUUAAGUUCCCGGGGUGGAUAGAAGAUGCAUCGUUCUCCAACCUAAUUAACAUUACUCUUCGUGAUUGUCAUGGGUGUAUAAAAUUACCAGCACUUGGGACACUACCAUCCCUCAAAUACCUUACAAUAGAAGGAAUGGAUAGGGUGAAAUUCAUCGGUCUGGAAUUCUAUGGGAACAAUGAUAGUGGAGGCGUAACAAGUGCAGCUGCAGCAUUCCCUAAGUUAGAGACACUCGUUUUGGAGGGAAUGUAUAAUUUGAUGGAGUGGGUUGGGAGAGAAGAUGGAGGAAUGCCGUCUCUCCUUGAAUUACGUAUUGCGAAUUGCCCCAGGUUAAUGAAAGUGCCAUCGUUCCUUCAUGGUAAACUGUGGAGAGUAGAUCUUGAAUCACCAAGAAUGUAUUGGGCAUCAUGCGUUUCUGAAUCCGUCGAGUGUUUUGCAGUUAAAAAAAUCCGGGACAUCAGCGUGUUCAUCCACCUGCCAUUCCCUCACAACCUCAAGUACUUGGUGAUAGGAGGGUCAGGUAUUCAUGGGUUUCCUAAUGGGAUACAGAAACUCUGUGGGCUCCAGAUGCUUCACAUUAGACACUGCCAUGGACUGACACAUCUGCCCAAAGAGCUCAGAGACCUCCGGAACCUUCGCCAACUGAAGAUCGUGGACUGUCGAUAUUUAGAAAAAUGGUGUGAAAAAUAUGCCGAGAACGAUCAGCAACAAGCGAUGUCACACAUCCCUAAUAUCUGGAUCGGCAACCGAGAGAUCAAGCGAGAUGGGCGAGAAGUCGCUGGACAAGCAAGUGGCGGAACGACAUACGGCGCCCAAGGGAUUCGGCUAUAGCAUGAUAGUUGAAUCAAUCAAUCUACACCAUCCAUCAAAUAGUAAUCCACUUCCAACCAACACUGACACCCAAUAGUCAUAAGUCGACAAGGUGUGGCUGCAGGUUCGUUUCUGCAUGUCUCCCUCAUAUAUUUUGGAUUUUUAAGGCAUGCAUGCCAAUGUGUGUUGCUGUGAAACUCUCAACUUAACUUUGGAUUUUUAAGGCAUGUAACGGUGUGAAACUCUCAAGGACAGUAAGACUGCAAUAUUUGUGUGGUGUGCAUGUUACAUUUGGAUGUUAAGGCAUGUGCCAUUGUAAUCUUCCUUCGUGUUUUCUAAUGCAAUAUGUUGUGUGCCAAGAACUAUAAAAGAUGUU